UUGUUUGUGUUUUUUUUUUUUCUUUUUCUUUUUUCUUCACUCCCCUCCCCUGGUGUGACACUAUCAUGGUCAGAAAGCCAGUUGUGGCCACCAUCUCCAAAGGAGGUUACCUGCCUGGCAAUGUGAGUGGGAGGCUGCCCUCCAUGGGGGACCAAGAGCCACCUGGGCAGGAGAAGGUGGUUCUGAAAAAGAAGAUCACUUUGUUGAGGGGGGUCUCCAUCAUCAUCGGCACUGUCAUCGGAUCGGGCAUCUUCAUCUCCCCCAAGGGCAUACUCCAGAGCACGGGCAGCGUGGGCAUGUCCCUGGUUUUCUGGUCGGCCUGUGGAGUACUGUCACUUUUUGGAGCCUUGUCCUAUGCUGAAUUGGGGACGAGCAUAAAGAAAUCUGGUGGCCAUUACACAUACAUUCUGGAGGUCUUCGGCCCUUUACUAGCUUUUGUCCGAGUCUGGGUGGAACUGCUCAUAAUACGCCCCGGAGCUACGGCUGUGAUAUCCUUGGCCUUUGGACGCUACAUUCUGGAACCGUUUUUUGUUCAAUGUGAAAUCCCUGAACUUGCAAUCAAGCUCGUAACAGCUGUGGGCAUCACUGUGGUGAUGGUCCUAAAUAGCAUGAGUGUCAGCUGGAGCGCCCGGAUCCAGAUUUUCCUAACCUUUUGCAAGCUCACAGCGAUUCUGAUAAUUAUAGUCCCCGGAGUGAUACAGCUAAUUAAAGGGCACACACAGCACUUUGAAAAUGCAUUUUCAGGAAGAGAUACAAAUCUGAUGGGGUUGCCCUUGGCCUUUUAUUAUGGGAUGUAUGCAUAUGCUGGUUGGUUUUACCUCAACUUUAUUACUGAAGAGGUCGAAAAUCCUGAAAAAAACAUCCCCCUGGCAAUCUGCAUUUCCAUGGCCAUCAUCACAGUCGGCUAUGUGCUAACAAACGUGGCCUAUUUUACGACCAUCAGUGCCGAGGAGUUGCUGCUAUCCAAUGCUGUGGCGGUGACCUUCUCUGAGCGGCUGCUGGGAAAUUUCUCAUUAGCAGUCCCGAUCUUUGUUGCCCUCUCCUGCUUCGGCUCCAUGAACGGUGGCGUGUUCGCUGUCUCCAGGUUGUUUUACGUUGCGUCUCGAGAAGGGCACCUUCCGGAAAUCCUUUCCAUGAUUCAUGUCCACAAGCACACUCCUCUGCCAGCUGUUAUUGUUUUGCAUCCUCUGACGAUGAUCAUGCUCUUCUCCGGAGACCUCUACAGUCUUCUGAACUUCCUCAGUUUUGCCAGGUGGCUUUUUAUGGGACUGGUAGUUGCCGGGUUGAUUUAUCUUCGAUACAAACGCCCAGAUAUGCAUCGUCCUUUCAAGGUGCCUCUGUUCAUCCCGGCCUUGUUCUCCUUCACCUGCCUCUUCAUGGUCAUUCUCUCCCUUUACUCGGACCCAUUUAGCACCGGGAUCGGCUUCCUCAUCACACUGACUGGAGUCCCUGCAUAUUAUCUCUUCAUUGUGUGGGAUAAGAAACCCAAGUGGUUCAGACAAUUAUCAGACAGAAUAACCAGAACAUUGCAGAUAAUACUAGAAGUUGUACCGGAAGACUCUAAAGAAUUGUGAACUUAAUGCAUCAAAAUCCUGGCCAUCUGCCCAGGACCAAGAUACAAAGUGGAUCUUUAUUUCAAGAAGACACGGCUUUGGUGACGGACUAAAGGAAGUGAUUAUUUCUAUCCAUAUCCUCUAGUGUAUUCAGAGUAGUCUCUGAACAGUUUACUGGUAACUCAAUGUAUUUGUAGAAAGCAAAGAUGCAAGUCGUACAGUGAGGCAAGCUCAGCUCUUGAGCCUGGUGCUUACCCAUCGAGGUAAGAAAGAAAGGGCACUGACAACUGGGGUAUCAUUCUCUGCAACAUUUCUUAUCCUGACUGAGAACCUUCAAAUAGAAGACCAAAGUGUUUUCUGUAUAUAAGGGAGGUCUGUAAACAUAGCUUUACUACUGGGACAUCUAUACUGUGAAAAGUGUUUUCUGUCUUACUGGAGAAAAAUGUCAUUAUUGUGGCAAAGGGUCCAGAAAUAACUUUAAUUUACAUAGACCUUGGAUUGUUUUCCUCUAGUGACCAACAUGACUGUUACUUAUCUUUCAAUGGCUUGUACUCAGAGAGCAUCAGAACAAAAGAUGGGGGGAGUAGUGUGUGUGUGUGUGUGUGUGUGUGUGUGUGUGUGUGUGUAUGUAGCUUGAGAUCAAACUCAGGGCUUUGCAAAAGCCAAGCAAGCACUCUACCAUCAAGCUACAUCCACAUGCCUUACUUUUCUUGAACGCAUUAAAGAAGCAUUCCUUGAGGCUGUUAUUAAGAGGCAAUCCUAGGAUUUAUGUUUGAAUAAAGAUCAUGGAGACUGUGUUAGGUGAAAUAUGAUCUCACUUAUUGUGAGGAGGUUUGGAAUGUCACUUCGUUUUCAUCCUGGUCCCCGAGUUCUGGAAAAUGUGUAAUUUUUGCUCUGACACCCAUUGAUGGACCACCUCUUUGGUUCUUUA